AUGAGAAUCUGGUCUGCCGGUAUGGCAAACGAGAUAACAACGGAACAGCAUCCUGACGGCAUUGAAACAGGAACUAUCUACCUACCAGCCUUCGUAUCGGUUGGUGCCUGUUUUGUGAUAUCCAUAAUUUAUGUCGCUAGCUUAUAUGUGUGGAACUCAAAGCACGACCGUGACCAUCCCUCGACCAUAAAGCGGCGAUUUUUUAGCGUGUUUGUGGUAAUGCUCGUAGCUCCAUUUUUCGUGCUAACCCUUACCAGUAAGGAUGUAUUCCAUCGUUACACUAUGUGGCAGAUAAUGGGGUUCCGGAAGGAGGGAUUAUUUACCGCCACGCUCGUUCCCUUACUCCUCACGAUGGUGCUAUUUCUUGGACCGCUAAGCGUGCAGCUAUCGAACGGCAUUUGGCGUAUCUAUUCGGAGCCGAUGUACUGGAUGAAUGCCGUGCGUAAUUUGGUAUGGUUGCGGAAUCACCUUGUCGCGCCGCUCUCAGAAGAGUUUACCUUUCGUGCCUGCAUGCUGCCCCUGCUGCUGCAAACGUUUCGACCGUCAACCGCAAUGUUGAUCACGCCACUUCUGUUUGGGUUGGCGCAUCUGCAUCAUAUAAAGGAGCGAUUGCAGAAUGGUCGACCGCUGCGUGAGGUACUGAUAGUGUCGUUCUUCCAAUUUUUUUACACUACCAUCUUUGGUAUCUAUUCGGCACAUUUGUUUGUACGCUCGGGACAUUUUGUCGCACCGUUUGUGGUGCAUGCCUUCUGCAACCAUAUGGGGUUUCCUGACGUUCAAGAGGUGCAAUCGCAACCACACCGUAAAAAGUAUCUUUUCAUCGGUUUCUAUAUCCUUGGGCUGGUAGGAUGGAUCGUUCUUCUACCUAGCUUAACCACGCCAAACUGGUAUUCUAAUAAUCUGUUCUGGGCUUUCGAGCUAUAA